CUUGCUGGAAGCACCGCUGCCUAGUCUGUACCAUGGCUCCCAAUGUAGCGCUCGCAGACUCCAUGCACAACUACCAGCCCAAGCCUGGCAAGAGGAAUCAGGAGGCCAGUGAGCUAAGAAAGACUUUAAAGCCCCUGAUGGAAAAACGAAGGAGGGCAAGAAUCAACGAGAGUCUGAACCAACUGAAAACCCUCAUCCUGCCUCUCAUUGGGAAAGAUAAUUCCCGGUACUCCAAGCUGGAAAAAGCUGAUAUUUUGGAAAUGACAGUGAGAUUCCUAAGAGACAUCCCUCCGGUCCAGGCACAAAAUCAAGCAGAUCGCUACAAGGAAGGCUACAGAGCAUGUGUAGAGCGUCUGAGCGCAAUCCUUGGUAAAUCUCAUGUGCUGACCGGAGAGGCGAGUAACCGCCUUCUAGAAUACCUGCAGAGGAGCCCUGAGCUGUGCAGUUCAGAUUGUAAUCAUCCUCCCAAGCCCCAACGUCCUAGGAUUGUGCUCCAAGUGAGUCCCAGAACAUCUCAGUUUGGAUCUCCUCUCCAGAACCAACCCUCCAGCCACAGACCUGCCCCAUGUCCCCCGCAGCUCAACAGCUCCAUCUGGAGGCCGUGGUGAAUGUCAGCUUGGACUUUGUACUCUCACAAAGACUGUGACAAUGCUACAGCUCGUGGGCAUUAUUACCCCGUUAUAAAACACCCCAGUGAUAUGUGUAUUUAUUUAUUGUAAAUAUGUCCCCUCACAUGAAAUCCUGACUUACUAAAGGCAAUAUAUUUUGGACAAAUAGUCCUGAAUACAAAGGGCACGAGAGUGACCCACAUUGUGAACCCAAAGGGUUUAAUCUAGUAUGCGAUUUGCAUUAUUUUACAUUAACCCAUGGACUGCCAGAGAUGGCCAAUGCUACAGUCUCUGCCAUGUAUUGACUUUUCUGGCAGUCCAGGGGUUUAAUGACACAGGGCUAUGUGCAACAAUAAUGCCUGGACAUGAACACUGUUGCCAGCACUUUUUUUAUUGACUUGUUUGUAAUGAAAAAUUAUAUUUUUAAAAUAAAAUCCUAAAAUGUG